AUGUCUCUUCCAAGCCAGCGUCAUUGUCUUAUUACUAAUCCUCCUCCACCAGAAUACAUAAACAGCAAAAAUAGUGGGUGUCAAACAAACCAACUUCAGUACUUACAGAGAGUGGUCAUGAAAGCCAUGUGGCGACACAACUUUUCCUGGCCAUUUCAUCAACCUGUAGAUGCAGCAGCACUGAAUCUUCCUGAUUACUACAGUAUUAUAAAGAAACCUAUGGACCUGAGCACAAUUAAAAAGCGUCUGGAACAUAAUUACUACACAAAAGCUGCAGAAUGCAUUGAUGACUUCAAAACUAUGUUCCUGAACUGCUACAUAUAUAACAAGCCAGGUGAUGACAUUGUGUUUAUGGCCCAAGAACUAGAAAAAGUGUUCAUGCAGAAAAUAGCACAAAUGCCACCAGAAGAAAUACUGAUGCCCAACAAAGGAAAAAGAAAAGAAAAGCUGACAGAAGAACCUCAGCAGCCAAACAGUGGGACUUCAUCUAAACAGAGAACAAGGCAGAAACAACCUGAAAGUGGUGAGCAGCCUACAGCAAUAACUCAAGAGCUACAGAAGGCCACACCACCUCCUUUGUCUGCAGCUCAGCUGACUACUUUAAUGCCAGCUGCCAUCCCUAUCACAAAAACAAAAAAAGGUGUGAAAAGGAAGGCCGACACUACAACUCCUACUACUUCAAUACUCACAACGAGCAGUGAAUCUUCUGCAACAUGUAAUGAAAGAAAAACUGUUAAGACAUGCAAAGGUGAAAAUGAAUGUAUGAUACCAAAGAAGAUUCUGAAGAAAGGCUUACCAGAUUCUCAGCAAUCACCUAGAGUUCUUAAAAAGAUUCAGUUGUCAAAACAACUAAAAUAUUGUAAUGAAAUUCUUAAAGAAAUGUUCUCAAAGAAACAUUCAGCAUAUGCAUGGCCUUUCUUAAAAUCUGCAGAUGUUGUAUCCUUCUCACUUGGUGAGAAAAAAGGGAUCACCAAAUGUCCUGCAGACUUGGGAACCAUUAAAAAAAAAAUGGAUAAUUUUGAAUAUAGAGAUAUACAAGAAUUUGCCACAGAUGUUAGAUUAAUGUUCAUGAAUUGCUACAAACGUAAUUCUCCAGACCAUGAAGUGGUUGCCAUGGCAAAAAAACUUCAGGAUGUUUUUGAGACUCACUUUGCCAAAAUUCCUGAUGAACCAGCUACAAGUGUUCUUCUGCCACAGCAUGCAAGAGAAAUUACAAAAGCUUAUUCCAGUGACAGCAGCAGUGAUGACUCUUCAGAAGAAAAAUCAUCUGAAGACUUUAAAAAGGAGAGAACAGUGUACCUUGCAAAACUUCAGGAGCAGCUUAAAGCUGUUCACCAGCAGUUGCGGGCUUUGACCAGAGCAUCCUUACCUAGAUCAAAAAAGAAAAAAGAGAAGGCUAAGAGAGAAAAGGGGAAGAACAAGGAAAAAGCUAAAGCAAGCCUGAUUCAAAAGAAGAAAGAUCUGAAACACAAGAAAUCUAAGAAAAAGCAGUCUUCAAACAUUCAAUCAAAGAAAACCAUCCAGCAGGUCUUGUUGGCACAUAAGUCAGAAGAUGAAGAUGGUGCCAAGCCUAUGACUUAUGAUGAGAAAAGGCAGUUGAGUUUGAACAUAAAUAAGCUGCCUGGAGAUAAGCUUGGGAAAGUAGUCCAUAUAAUACAAUCAAGAGAACCAUCACUGAGGAAUUCUAGCCCUGAUGAGAUAGAAAUAGACUUUGAAACUUUAAAGGCUUCAACACUCAGAGAAUUAGAGAAAUAUGUGGCAACCUGUUUGAGGAAGAGACCAAGAAAGCAGCAUGCCAAAAAAGCAAUGAAGUCAAAAGAGCAGCUUCUUUCUGAGAGGAAACAAGAACUGGAGAAGAGACUACUGGAUGUCAAUGGUCAGAUAAAUCCAAAGAAAGAGAACUACAAAUUUGAAAGUAAUGCUGAGUCCAGUAUUAGACCAAGCCGACUGAGUGAAAGCAGCAACACUAGCAGCUCCUCGGACUCAAGCAGCAGCACUAGCAGUGCUUCCAGCUCCUCAGACAGCAGUGACUCUGAAUCGGUUACAGAAACAUGCUCAGGACAGAGUGGAAUGAGGCAAAACAGUCUAACUUCUUUGGAACAACCUAAGAGAACAUCACUGUGCUUACAGAGAAUGUCCUACAAUGCUGUUCUGCAAGUACAGCCCUCAUCUGUUGCUAGUAGCUUGCAAAACCAUGGAUCACCUGAACCACAGCUGUUGUCUCCCAUUGUGCUGCAGAAGCUUAAGCCUUUACAGAGUAGAUCUCUUAAAUCAGCAGAACAAAAUGCUAAGUCUCCCUCAGGUAUGCUUGCAGGUGUAUGUGCUUUGCAAGAUACUUCAGUCAAGCAAAUGCCUCAGACUGCUCGAAGGACAGAUCAGCCUUUUGAUAUCCAGUGUGCACAGGCUGUUCCAGAGGUAUCCAAUACAACCUCCCCUGCUGAUGAUGCUGAUGGGACUAAAACUGAAAAAACAUUAGUUAAUCUAGAUGAAGUUCAAAGCAAGGCCAGUGAGAGAGCUGCUGAUUCAAUAUCUAUUAGCCAAGAGCAGAGUCAUUGUAAUACACCUAAUGGUACAAAGACUCCAGAGACAAAAUCCCAGAGUUUUCCAGAAAGGGCCGCAGGAAUUAAGAACAUAGACUCCUGGGUAAGCUUGUGCAAAAUGAUGAUGCUUCCAGCUCCAAUAAAGUCAUCUGCAGAGAGCUUCAAGCAUUUCAGGAAAGUAGCCUUACAGAAAGCAGCUGGGCAAACGCAGGAAAAAGAGAGGGUCCCUAAAGGCACAGGAUUGGAUGCCAUGGUAAUGAAAGACUUUAAGCCCCCAAAAGAAGAGGAUAUGAGCAAACAAUUGCCAGAAGCUCAGCAACACCCUCUUGCUCAGGACCGUAACUUGGCCAGAAAAAUGGAACAAGAACGCAGAAGGAGAGAAGCAAUGGCUUGUACAAUUGAUAUGAAUUUGCAGAGUGAUAUUAUGGCAACUUUUGAAGAAAACCUUGAAUGA